AUGUUGUCUCGUUAUGUCGACCAAGGUGGCAACAAACGUCCAGGAGCUUUCGCCAUUUAUCUUGAACCUUGGCAUGGCGACAUUUUUGAGUUCCUUGAUUUGAAGAAAAACACUGGAAAAGAAGAAGCUCGAGCUCGUGACAUGUUCUAUGCUCUUUGGAUCCCCGAUUUGUUUAUGCGUCGUGUUGAAACUGAAGGACGUUACAUUCGUCAGGUGAAAGCUCAAGAUCUUUGGUUUGCGAUCAUCGAGUCACAAGUUGAAACUGGAACUCCUUACAUGCUUUAUAAAGACGCUUGCAAUCGCAAAUCGAAUCAACAGAACGUUGGCACUAUUCGUUGCUCAAAUCUAUGCACAGAAAUUGUUGAAUAUUCAAGCAAAGAUGAAGUUGCAGUUUGUAACUUAGCUUCAAUUGCUGUCAACAUGUUUGUCGUUGCAAAUAAUGGAAGUAAGGAUUAUGACUUCAAGAAAUUAAAGGAAGUGACAAAAACUGUCACAAAAAAUCUCAAUAAAAUCAUUGACGUUAAUUACUAUCCAGUUCCUGAAGCCAAACGAUCAAAUAUGCGUCAUCGUCCCAUUGGAAUUGGAGUUCAAGGCUUAGCUGAUGCUUUCAUUAUGAUGCGAAUGCCUUUUGAAUCUCCCGAAGCACAGAAACUUAAUCAGCAAAUCUUUGAAACAAUUUAUUACGGAGCAUUGGAAGCAAGUUGUGAACUUGCUGAAGAAUUUGGAACUUACGAGACUUAUGAAGGAUCGCCAGUAUCUAAAGGAAUUCUUCAAUACGAUAUGUGGAAUAAAACGCCAACAGAUCUUUGGAAUUGGUCCACUUUGAAGGAGAAAAUUGCUAAGCAUGGCGUUCGUAAUUCAUUGUUGGUGGCACCAAUGCCGACUGCUUCAACGGCUCAAAUUCUCGGCAACAAUGAAAGCUUCGAACCAUACACAAGCAACGUUUACAACCGACGUGUUCUUAGUGGAGAGUUUCAAGUUGUUAAUCAUCAUCUCAUCAAGGAUUUGACUGAACGUGAUUUGUGGGAUGAUGACAUGAAAAAUAAAAUCAUCGGCAACAACGGAUCAAUUCAAUCAAUUGAAGAAAUUCCACAAGAUAUUCGUGAGAUUUACAAGACCGUUUGGGAAAUGUCAGUAAAGAAUCAAAUUCAAAUGGCAGCUGAUCGUGGUGCAUUCAUCGAUCAAUCACAAUCAUUUAAUAUUCACGUUGCUGAACCAAAUUAUGGAAAGUUGACUUCAAUUCACUUCCAUGCAUGGAAAAUGGGAUUGAAAACUGGAAUGUAUUACUUACGUACAAAGCCAGCUGCUAAUGCAAUUCAAUUCACUGUAGAUAAGCAACGUUUGAAUCAAAAUGCAUCCACAACUGUUAAGAUGAAUGGUAAUGGAAAUAUUUCUUCACCAACUUCGCCUUCUUCUGCUCAUAACUCACCAAAUAAAUCUGUUAAUGGAACUGACGAACGUGAAAAGAAAUUGGCUGAAAUGGUUUGUUCAUUGGAAAACAAAGAUGAUUGUUUGAUGUGUGGAUCUUAA